ACAUCUGCACCACAUUGCCUUCCAAAAGCUAACCGCGCCCUGGUGCACCCUAGGCUCCCAGGGCUGUUUCCUCCAUCCAACCCAGCUUUCCUACAGACUGGCAGAGAGUACACUGCCCACCAGCCGGCCAACUCAGAUUUGCCUGCGCAGAGGAAAACUCUCCAGAUGUCCUCUAAUAACGACCAGAUUAAUAUCCCACUGUCAGAAAGAAACGUCAGCAGUGUCUCUGAGAUGAUCCCUAAUGACAUGAAGUUACAUCCUGAAGGGGCUGUCUUAAGUUUUCAUAAUAUUUCUUAUAGAGUAAAAAUGAAGAGUAGAUUUUUACUUGGUAAGAAAACAGUGGAAAAAGACAUACUAUCAAAUAUAAGUGGGAUCAUGAGACCUGGCCUCAAUGCCAUUUUUGGACCUCCAGGUUCAGGCAAAUCUGUGUUGUUAGAUAUCUUAGCUGCAAGGAAACACCUGGAAAAAUUCUCAGGCGAUGUUUUGAUAAAUGGAGAACCUUAUCCUGCCAAUUUCAAAUGUUAUUCAGGUUAUGUGACACAAGAUGAUGUCAUGAUGGGCACACUGACAGUAAGAGAAAACUUGCGCUUCUCAGCAGCAAUUCGGCUUCCCACAACCAUGACCAAUCAUGAAAAAAAUGAGAAGAUUAAUGAGACCAUUCAAGAAUUAGGUCUGGAUAAAGUGGCAGAUUGCAAGGUUGGAACUGAACUAAUCCAUGGUGUGUCCAAGGCAGAAAGAAAAAAGAUCAGUAUUGCCAUGGAGUUGGUCACUGAUCCUUCCAUCUUGUUCCUGGAUAAGCCAACAAAUGCUUUAGACUUGAACACAGCAUAUGCUGUCUUUUUACUUCUGAAAAGGAUAUCUAAGAAGAGACGAACAAUAAUCUUCUCCAUUCAUGAACUUCGGCAUCCCAUCUUCGAGAUGUUUGAUAGCCUCACUUUACUGACUGCAGGAAAACUAAUAUUCCAUGGCCCUGCACAGAUGGCUGCAGAGCACCUUGCAUCAGCAGGUUACAACUAUAAGCUGUACAUCAACUCUGCAGACUUUUUGCUGGACGUUAUCAGUGGAGUCUUCCCUGCUAUGGAAUCAGACGGAGAGGAGGAACACCAUGAAUAUAAGAAGAUGGAAGAAUUUUCCAUGAGAGAUGAGCCAGCCAUAGAAAACUUAGCUGAGUACUAUGCCAAUUCAUCCUUAUACAGAGAUACAAAAGCUGAACUAGAUCACCUCUUAGAGGGUCAGAAGAAGAAGAGCUCAGCCUUCCAGGACUUUACCUACGUGACCUCCUUUUGGCAGCAAUUCAGAUGGAUUAGCUGGCGCUCAUUUAAAAACUUCCUGGGUGAUCACUGGACCUCUAUAACUCAGAUCAUUAAUGUAAUUAUAGAAGGACUGCUUAUAAGUGCCUUUUUCCUUGGGAUAAAAAAUGAUUGCACUGCCAUCCAAAACAGAAUCUGGAUGCUCUUUUUACUGACAGAUUCCAUUUAUUAUAGCUUCUUCUCUGCAAUACAGCUCUUUCAAGAGGAGAAGAAGCUCUUUAUGCAUGAAUAUAUGUGUGGAUACUACACAGUGUCAUCUUAUUUCCUUGGGAAAGUGUUGUGUGACAUGAUUCCCAGGAGGAUGUUGCACAGUUUUAUACUCACUUUCAUACCCUACGUCAUAGUAGGGUUGAAACCAGCCGUGGAGGCUUUCUUCAUUACAAUGCUUACCAUUUUGAUGAUGACUUGUUCAGCUGAAUCGGUGGAACUGGCCAUGACUGUAGGUCAGAGUGUGCUCAUGCUGCCCAUACUAACAUUUCUCAUAGGAAACUACUUUUGGUUUAUGUUGAUGUUUUACAUUGUGGCAGCUCUUCUUGGAACUAAUGGGUCUUCGCUCCAGUGGUUUCAAUACAUCAACAUUGCAUACUUCGGCCUGAUGGCUUUGCAGAAUAAUGAACUUUUGGGACAAAACUUCUGCCCACCACUUGAAGAAAAUGGAAUCAGUAACUGCCCAACCUACGUAAUGAGGCUCCAUCAUUGCCAGAUUCUACACUGUCUGAUCUGCUUGGACUUGCUGCUGAAGACUGAUAGGGCUCGGGAGCCACAGCCCCCGUUAAGAUGUCCUUCUCAGAGCCCCAAGUCCCACUAGAGGUCUCAGGAAAUCAUCCCAAGGACUACAACCAAGGUGGAGCGGCCCCUACGUGAUCUUCUUGACAACCCCAACAGUGGUCAAAGUUGCUGGACUGGCAUCCUGCUUCCACACCACUCAAGCAGUGCCCAUACAUCCCUAAAUUUAACCAUCCCAUUGUGCACUUUUCUCCAUCUUACCACGGCCUCACAGCCACAACUCUCAGGCUAAGUCAUGUUUUGUUAUCCAAUUUGGUUCCUAAUUUCUUACAUUCUAUUGAUUAUCCUUUUUACAGCAGGUCUUUUAACAGUCUUUCCUAAAGACUCCCACAUCAGGUGUAAGACCGUCUUCAUGUUAUUCUAUGUGACAGCUCUUUUAGUUCUCUCUACCCUCAGCUUUUUAGUCAAAUGUGAGAUCCUUAAAGGCUUAGGCUCUUACCUCCCUUAUAGUGACACAGCUACAGCCAUCACCUCCUCUCUUAUACUUUCCAGCUUAACUUCUGGACCGGAGAUAAGCCUUACUUACCUACACUUUUAUUAACUUUUAUCCUUUCAUAUGGGGGAAUAAUCAAUGGCACCUUUCCUUCUACUUCACCUGGGUCCUUAAAUAUGAUAGUGUCCUGCCUCCUCAUAGCACCUUGUCUCUUUUUUUCCCAGUCUAAUGCAUGGGCAUUCACCCAGGAUAAAGUUGUCCUGGUUGAAACAGCUAGCGCUAGCUUCUACAUGGGCAUCAAUCACCAUCCCGUCAACCUCCCUAAACCCCAAUAGGAUGCCCCCUUUCAGCAGGAAGUAAUAAGAGAGAGAGAGAGAGAGAGAGAGAGAGAGAGAGAGAGAGAGAGACUUUGCCCUUUUUCUAACAAUAAAAAGAUGGGAAUGAAAGGAUUUUGCCCUAGAUAGGACAUUACAGCAGUGGGAGGCGGGACCAAGGGACUUUACUUUGAGGUCAUUUUCCCUGCCCCUAGGCAACUUACCUGUGGCAGGAAAAGAGUUCCAAUCAGCUACUCAUGCAUCAGUAAUGCCACCUUUUGGCAGCACUCCAGACAAAAGCUAUAUGUAUGCCCCCCACACCGCGUGUCCAGCAGAGAAAUCCAGACCCCAACAGUCAUGGAAUUUCUCUCCAUGUUCUUAGAAUAAAGGUCAUUUUUACUUUA